GCUUGGAGGCCAUGCAAGGCAGCUACAUCGCGCCAGGAAGCGUCCAUCGCGACGUCGUGGCGCGGCCGCCGGUGGCCGAGCGCAGCUUGACGCUGCAGGUGCUCGCACUGCGCCACCUUGUGUCGCCUAUCCCGCCCUUGGCCUGUCUGCACAGCACCAUGCACAUCGAAAUGCAGCUUUUGCACAAGGGCACACAGGAGCGUGUUAACUACAGUAUGGACCCCGUCGUGUACUCCGAGUCGAUCGUCGAGUGGAGUCGGGAGAACGCCGUCGUCGUCCUUGCCGACGACAUCAACGACUGGAUCGGGUCGGUCAAGCUGCUGCACACCACUGUCGAUGGCCAGUCGCGCUGCAUUGGCCAGGUCCAAGUCCCUGUCGACUUGCUCCACAGCCCGCUCGCGACAUCGUCGCACUGCCUCCGGCGCUGGUUUCCACUGGAAAAAAUGGCGCCAAAAGACCUCGUGCGUGGCGAGGUGCGCAUCGAGCUGGCGUACGCGGCGCCGGCAUCGAGCCCUGAGCCAUUGUCCCCGGUGGUCCACCAGAAGCCGCCGAAAUCCAAGUCACCGACGCGAAAAGUGAGGCGACCUCCACCACCGUCACCUCGACUGCGCAGUCCGCUUAAAGGAGCGCGGGUUGUCGACGCGCCCGCGCCACCGGACGUGGAAGGCACGAGCCUGCCACCCCCUGCGCCUCGUCCCAAGCAGCCGUACCUCAAGCGCAAGCCGUACAAGGUCCAGUUUGAGCAGCUCGACUGGUCCAGCGUCGGGGCCAAAACCAACAGCAACUUGGCCAAGCCCAAGCGCACCAAACACGUGCUCAGCGACAAGUCUUGUACUAACGCCGCGCCGGAGCUGAACCUAGAGCUCCAGAGUCUGGCGACGACGUCGGCCGCGAACCAGGCUAACAUGAAGCUGGAGCUCAUGCAGCUCAAGCAAAAGACCGAACUGCAGACGAUUUUUCAUCUACUGCCAUCCAAGAAAACCACCGGGCGGAUCCCAACGCUGUCCAAGAGCCAGAUCCAGCAGGUGCAGGGCCUUCCGAGCGCUCAGUAUGCAGCGCUCGUCGCGACGCUCGACCGCGACUACAGGCAACUCAAGCCGCAAUUGCAGGACAACAUGGCCAAGCUCGCGCAGUAG